AUGGGGGACUGGAGCUUCUUGGGCAACAUCUUAGAGGAGGUUAACGAGCACUCGACGGUGAUCGGCCGCGUGUGGCUGACGGUGCUCUUCAUCUUCCGCAUCCUCAUCCUGGGCACGGCGGCCGAGUUCGUGUGGGGCGACGAGCAGUCGGAUUACGUGUGCAACACGCAGCAGCCGGGUUGCGAGAACGUCUGCUAUGACGAGGCCUUCCCCAUCUCGCACAUCCGCCUGUGGGUGCUGCAGAUCAUCUUCGUCUCGACGCCGUCGCUGGUGUACGUGGGCCACGCCGUGCACCACGUGCACAUGGAGGAGAAGCGCAAAGAGCGCGAGGAGGCCGAGCUGAGUCGGCAGCAGGAGGCCAACGAGGAGCGGCUGCCGCUGGCGCCCGACCAGGGCAGCGUGCGCACCACCAAGGAGACCAGCACCAAGGGCAGCAAGAAGUUCCGUCUGGAGGGCACGCUGCUGAGGACCUACAUCUGCCACAUCAUCUUCAAGACGCUGUUCGAGGUGGGCUUCGUGGUGGGCCAGUACUUCCUGUACGGCUUCCGCAUCCUGCCGCUCUACAAGUGCAGCCGCUGGCCCUGCCCCAACACCGUGGACUGCUUCGUCUCGCGCCCCACCGAGAAGACGGUCUUCAUCAUCUUCAUGCUGGCCGUGGCCUGCGUCUCGCUCUUCCUCAACUUCGUGGAGAUCAGCCACCUGGGGCUGAAGAAGAUCCACUUUGUGUUCCGGAAGCCUCCGCAGGGCGCCGGGCAGGCGGCGCUGCAGGGCGGGAGCGGGGGAGCGUUGGGCGGCGGCAUCGGUGGCGAGGGGGGCCGCGGCUCGCCCGAAAAGGGACUGGCCUCCGCCAUGGGCCCCGUGGGCGUGUCGCUGACGAAGGCUAAAGGCUACAAGCUGCUGGAGGAGGACAAGGCGAGCAGCACCCACUUCCUGCCGCUGACGGAGGUGGGCAUGGAGGCCGGCCGUCUGCCCUACGGACACGAGAAAGCGGAGCAGGCGGCCGCGCUGGCCGCCGAGGACGAGACCAAGGUGUACGACGAGACGUUGCCCUCGUACGCGGCCACCACAGGAGCGGCGGCGGCGGCAGCCAUGGUGACGGCGGUGACGUCGGCGGCGGCGAUGGUGGCGGUGACGAGUCAGGACGAGGACGACCUGGACUCGCCGACGGAGGUGGAGGCCACGGAUACGAUAGAGGACACGCGGCCCCUCAGUAGCCUGAGCAGGGCGAGCAGCCGCGCGCGCUCCGACGACCUCACCGUAUGA